UUUGUAGAAGUGAUCGUGAUCACCACCAAAGAGGUCCAGAAGAUGAUGAGCACAGACCCUAAAAUGAAGUUGGACAUCAAGAUGAAACUGGACGUGGUUUGUAUCCAGGAAGAUGGAGACAUGGGCACCGCAGACGCUCUCAGACACAUCCAGCAGAAGAUCAAGACAGACAUCCUGGUGGUGAGUUGUGACCUGAUAACCGACGUGGCACUUCACGAGGUGGUUGAUCUUUUCAGAGCCCACAACGCAACAAUGGCCAUGCUAAUGAGCAAAGCCCAUGAAUUCACGGAGACGGUCCCUGGCCAGAAGGGCAAGAAAAAGACGGCUGAGCAGAGAGACUUUGUGGGAGUGGAUCACUCGGGAAAGAGGCUGCUGUUCAUGGCCAAUGAGGCAGACCUGGAGGACGGACUAUCAGUUAGAAGGUCUAUCAUGAAGAAACAUCCCAGGAUGCACAUCAAAACAGGCCUCGUGGACGCUCACCUCUACUGUCUGAAAAAAGCAGUGGUGGACUUUCUCGCUGAAAAUAAGUCCAUCUCAUCAAUCCGUGGUGAGUUGGUACCGUAUUUGGUGCGAAAGCAGUUUUCCAAAACAACCAACAGUCAAAAAAUCAAAGACGACGUAGAUGAUCAGAAUCAGAGAAAGACUGAUGGCUCUACAAACCACGAGCUCCUCAUCUCAUCACGAGACGAGCCUCUCCUGCAGCUCGCCCAGGAGCGCUCCUGUUGGAACGACCACCGUGGUGACAUGAGCGAGGCUUACCAUGGAGGAAGGCUCCGCUGCUAUGUUCACAUUAUGGACCAGGGCCUUUGCUACCGCGUCAACACUUUAGCUGCUUACAUAGAAGCAAACCGACUGGCUCCAAAGCUGUUUGAGGAGCCAGCAGUCCACCCAUCUGCUGUCAUUUCUGAGAGAUGUCAAAUGGGAUCAGACAGUAUCAUCGGAGCGCUGUGCCAGGUAGCAGAUAAGACUUCAAUAAAGAGGUCCACCAUCGGAAACUCCACAGCUGUAAAAGAGAAGGUCAAAGUCACCAACUCCAUCAUUAUGCACGGGGUUACCAUCGAGGAGGGGUGUAACAUCCAGGGCAGUGUGAUCUGCAGUAAUGCCGUCAUCGGCAGAGGAUCAGACCUCAAAUACUGUCUGGUGGGAAACGGACAACGCAUUGAACCAGAGGCUGAGAGGACUAACGAGGUCAUUGUUGGAACAGACCAGCUGAUGGAGAUCUAGCUCCCACAGGGGAAGGAGUGGAAUUGCCUCAUUAACCAAUGAGAUAGCAAAAUACGGAGGACAUCUAAUUCAUCGGCUGACCGACCUAUCAAAAGCCUGCCAUGCUGCUUGACAGUUCUACAGCUUCUAAUAGGCUUUUUUGUACAUUGUGUCCAAAUAAAGACAAGUGAUUACACCCAUGAA